AUGUUGCAACUCGCAGAGGCGUCCUUCCAGAAUCUGUCGGGGGAGGACUUGCUUUCCGGGAAAAGUGACCGCAAUGAGAAGGCCUCCUCUUUCGGCACUGGCCAGGCAGCUGUUGCUGUCAACGUUUCGUACUUUUUUCUACAAGUCGAGAUCGCGCAGGAGCUUCCUGAAGGAACUCCGCUAGCUCUCGCGGUCAUGUACAGAGAUGAGAAGCUCUGUCGAGUUUGCCAGCAGCCGGAGCGGGUCGUCUUCAAGUCAGUGUAUUCGAGGCGACCUAAGGAACCGCUGAUCAUGGACAUCAACCGGACCUUCUUCUUGCCCUUUUUUUACAUUUUUCCGUCUGGAGACCCCGCGCUCGACAUUGUCAUUGUCCAUGAAUCCACAAACAAACUGAGAAAAAUUAUUGCGAGGACGCGCCUGGACUUGGGUCCCUCCUACCGGCGUCUGGGGCUACUCCGCAGGGCACGGGAGUUUCUGCUUCUCCCCCGAAUGGAGCCUGCAGGUUUUAUAAAACUUGCCGCGCGCGUUGCUCACUUCCCUGACGGUUCGCUUCCGUCAAGCUUUCUCUGGGACUUGGACGUCUUGAAGCGGAAGGCUGACGCCUUGGUUGAUGGCAUCGAGAGAGGGCGACUUGCCCAUAAAGAUGCGACACUCAAGUCGCUGGACACCGAGGAAAGGAUUCACGAAUACGAAGGAUUCCUUACGAAGGAUCACGGCUUUGCAGGUUGUACAGCGGAGGCCAGGGCGACAGAGAGUAGGUCUCCAGGUGGAGACACUGGGGUGUCUGUGGGGAGUGAACGGCGCCAGCGUCUCGUGCACGAGGCGCAGCAGCUGCAGCGGUUCGAGGAAACGGAACUUGAAAGCUGGCUUGAAACGGAGAGAUUGAGCAAGCUACAGGGAGCGGUUGCCGCCGGGAGACGAGCACCCGAGAGCACGGAUGACUCUUCCGAAGAUGAAGAAGAUAGGAUGUGGAGAGAGUUGCAGCUGCGGAGGGCGAAGAGAAGACAGAAAGAGGUGGAAGCAGUCAUGUUCGGAGGAGAAAGUGAAGCAGCACGCGCUAUGCGAAACAUCCGUACUCGUGCGCUGGACCUGGCGCUUGCCAAAGGCAGUAUGACAGCUUCGACUUUGGCGCUUCGAGCGCUGAACGAAGAGUUCGACGAGGGAAAUGAUGAGGAGUCUUGUGCCGUGACGGUGUUUCCGCGGCUACACGUAAAGGGAGCUGCUUCAGCGGACUGCUCCAUCAAGAACCUUGCAUCGCUGUUUCUCGAAACGUCGCCUGAGGAGAUGUUCGCGGUGUGCCCUGUUCCGCUCUUCUCUCCGGAGCGGAUCUUCCAACGAAUCAACGCGUUUAUGAAACGAGGCUCCAGUGUGUCAGAGGGUACCAGUAUCUGGCUCCGGUCGCCCCAGCACGUCUGCAAUAAACUCCUCGACAAAGUUGUAUCCAGAGAUAUUUCUAGCGCGCGAGUUACCGACGAAAUCGAUCCAAAGAAGAACACCGUCUAUUGGCACAUUCUCGCGUCGUGCCAAUGCAUCAGCGCCAGCAGCGCCUUUGCCUUCGUCGCCACUAACACUGCCAUUGAAAUCAUCGAGAGACAUAUCUAUGGCAUUUCUGAAGAUUCACUCUUAAUCGGAUCACUGCCAUUUGACAAUCCCACUCCAAGCGGCUUGUUCCUGCGCACAAAGGUCACGAAGGCCAACGCAGAUAUUGAAACGAGGGAGUCCAUUGCGAAGAGCCUGCAGAGUCUUCAGAAGCGUAUUUUGCUCGCACAACAGCGAGCCUUCAACGCGGUCAGUGUGGCUGAGUUGGAACAGAAAAAACAGAGAGGGGAGGUUCUUUCACAGGCAGAAAGAGAGCAACUUUCCAAGUGGAAGGCGGAGGGUGUAGGCGACAAGCUGCAACUCCAGAAGAAGUCACCCCGCACUGCGCGGCGGCUGGGACGACAGCAAAGUAAGUCGUUCGCAGAUGAAAUGGCGGCCGAAUGGUCUCAAGGAAAACGGGAACGGGUUGAGGGCGGAAGUGUAAGCGGCAGAGGAAGUGCGAACGAACCGUUCGUGUCGCACGAGAGUGGACGCCGUCAAGGGUGGAAACGGCAGGUGGCACCAUCAGGUGAAGCUCGCGAGUAUGUCGAAAGCUCCCGUCUUGAUGAUGGGCUAGCCAAAGGCGACAAACUCGAUGCGCAUCACGCUGCGAGAAAGCGAUGGACAACUUUUGAGAAAGACUUUGUUUUCGAUCGCGUUGAGAGAAAGGCAAGGGAACGGAGAAAAUCUCUAGAAGUUCUCAAACGUCAGUGGGCUGGAGGAGAUCUUGACCUCUGUCUUCUCCCCGACAAUCAUCCCUUCAACGUUUUCAGGCUCUUCAAAUUCGACAGGAUGUUCAUGGCCAGAUCUAGGACAGAAGCAUCGUCGUGCGGUUGCCAGCUUGCAAUUCUCGUGUUGGGCGACGAAGAACACGACAUUGAAGAAGCAAGCAAGUUGUAUGGCAUCGAAAUUCAAGCCCAACAAGUGAUGAAUGACGCAAUUGUCGAGCUCAAACGCCGCAGCGGUCUUCAGGCCGAAACACGCGAGCACUCCACAAAGGACGGCACCAAGAAGCGUCAUUCAGAACGUGGCCCUUUCACUGUUCUUCAAGUGCAUUUGAUGACAGCGAUUGAUUACAAGGGGUUCCGUGUUGUCGUGUUCUCUCUACCGGCCACUGUCCCAAGACUACUCAAUUGGCCUCAGCCCGUCUCAUCUCAGCUGUCCCAGGAACUGGCGUUUGUUGAGCAACGGUUAAAUCUCGCGUCGCUCGUCAAGCCUCAGACAUGGAAGGGCUCUGUUAAGAACGAUGAAAUCUUAAUGAAGACUGUUCUACUCUCGCUCGAUCCAAGCGACGAUGAUUCCGUCGUCUUCUACCGGCUCUGUUUCGCGUUUCCUCAAAUGGAUAACUCCAGCACGGAGGAAGAAGAACAACGGCAACCAUCCGGCUACGUUUCUGAAGGCAGGAGGAGAGCAAAACUCUGCGAACGUAUCAGGUGCAAUGCAUUCGUCCACGCUCGGGACUUCGAAUUGGCCAUUCGCCACCAACAAGUCUCGCAACAAUCCCACGAAGGUCGAGUUUGCACAGAGCUCCUUCAGGUUGUCAAGACAGCAGAGACCGGAAAUGCGUCUCACUUGGCAGGCCUCCAGCGCCUUUCCCGUGGCGCUGUCAUAAGUACAUAUUUGGACCCUUUGGUGCACUCCCCCAUUGUGAAUAUGUAUGCACCCGACGAAGUACUAAUGAACUUCCUUCUGGGACACACUCCAAGCGGAUACAAGGAGACCGGCGAACCAAGCAUCGCAGGGCCUUUCCCGAAUUCUCGGGCUCGCCGUCUUGCUGGCGCUGUCCGGACUGAGAUCCUGAACAAGGCCCUGGCUGAACUGGAAGGCAUGCCGCCUUUUACACCAAUGGACUCUAUCACCUUAACUCAUUUCUUUCAUCUGAGAGGAAUCAAUAUGCGACUACUCGGACAUAUGAUACGCGGCACGCGCGCGGCCUGGCUGCAACACAUGCUUCACGUGGAAGUCGUUGCGAGAACAGUGAAGCGAAUCCUAAGGGACGUUCUUCGUUCCCUCGUUUUUUCUGCCCAUGGCUACCUACAAACAGCUCGUGCACGCAUGCAGCGCGGCAUGAAGAAACUACUGAAGCGACCCACCUUCGACAUAAGUGCAGCUCGAGAUUUUCGGAUGUUUCACCCGGGCGACUGCACUCCCGAAGAAUCCUCAGAGAGCGACGACGAUGACGACAGUUCUUCUGUUUCCAGUCGGACUACAGCUGAUGACUCGGUGGAUGGUUGUCAUGCGGGCGAACGAAUGAGACCUGGAUACUCCCGCGAGUCCCUGCUGCGCGAAACCUGCCUCAAUGCUCCCUUCGACAUCGCCACUCAGCUGCUCGAUGACAUUCCUUACCUCCUCGAUCUCAUGUCUCAAACGUUCCGGCAUUUUUCAUGGACGGACAUCGUGCUGCUAAAUCUUUUCAAUCUUACCCUUGGCGACUCCUCUGAGAGUGACGAGUUCUGGAGCAGCUUCCUUGCUACACGGUGUAGCCAGUACUUUGACGUGGAAGCCGGAAGCAUUGCGAAGUCCCGCAUAAGCAGGCCAGCUCUCUACGUUGCUAUGCAGCAUCACUGCGGAAUCUCCUUCCUACCCGACGCGGGCGCGUUGAACACCAUGCGGCCUUCGGCACAUCCUCUCCAACCGUCUCACCUACGACUGUGGCUCCCCGCCCUGCGUCGAACGAUUGAACUGCCCCCGCGGCUCCCUCUACUUCGCUUCGUGACCAACCCCGGCAUGAUACCUCUUCUGUGUCAACAAGAUGCGGACCUCAUCGUUAGUCCAUCUCCGUCACAAAUUCUCCUGUCGAAAUUCAUCGGCCAUACGCUGGUCCAGUGCGCAGCGCCGCUGUGGCGUGUAUGGGACGCAGUGGAAAAAGGGCUGGAUUCUGACAACCUGCUCGCUGCCUACGUUUCGACGAAGGCGCACCCUCUUAUAAUACGCCAAAGCAACUGGCACCUCCCCGAUGCCGUUCUAGAUAUAGUCGGAGGAGCAAUCCGAUUCGGCGUCUGGAAGGUCGCGCGAUAUCUCGCCGAAAGGUGCUUGAACUUCUAUCCCGAGUCUCAUGCCGCUGCAACACAGAAUCGUCUUCUGGUGUUUCUUAUAGAACUCCAUGGCAGCGGCUUGCCUACUUCAAAUCCGCGCCUUGUGAAUCUCAUAGGAGCAUGCGGCCGCGCCAUUAAGGAUCACUGGGAAGAUACGCAUCCUGUCCGGCUCGACCUUCUUACCUAUCAGGCGUGGCACAUGCACGUCUCUGGAGAUCUGUCGGAGUGCGCUUGGGUACUUCGCAGCGCACUGACCGUAGCAGCCGCCAUGAUUGGCAAUCGAAACUACACGGAUCGCAACGAAGUCCGCAAACUCCUGAUGCUGACUUCGUUGUCUCUAAAGCCCUUUAGACAACAGCUGGAGGCGACGACGCCUCGUCAAGUGACGAACUUGCGUAUGGCAGGCCUUCUGCGUCUUCUGGCUCGAGCGAAGUUACUGUGGCUCCUCGACCUCGACCAAAAACGGAAGUGCCCGACCUUCAGCAGUCCUGGGAAUCGCAGCGACGUGGCGACGGAGGCGUGCAAUUGUCUUCAGUGGGCAUUAGAUGCGUACGAUUUUCAUUUGGGGAGCGAAACGCCCCUCACUGUCGGCACGGCUUACGAGCUGGCAAUGGCUAUUUUCCUUUUGAGGAAAGCGACACGAAGUGACGAAGCUCUCUUGCUGGUAGAGACUGCUGCUCGACUCGCAGAGGCGUCACUUCGAGUACGAACUCAAUUAUUUGGGAGACAGCACGUCACUACGCUAAACACAGCCCUCCUUUUGGGGUUGCUUCUGGCUGACCAAGGAAAACACCGGCGGGCGAUGAGUUUGAUUGAAGCGGUCAUCCGGAACAGUUUCAUAAGAUCUUUACGGUCCCCCGCAAGAAGAAGAUACCGCCCAGAAGAUUCUUUUUCGCAAACCUUGUGGUGUCUCCCCGAUGCGUUUUUCUACGAUACGUUUCACACGCAUGGCCGCAUCAUACAGCCAGAUGCUCUACAUGACGCGCUCCUCGCUCACCACAAAAGGAGAAUAGAAGCAGCUGCGAUGACGAGACGAGACGGAGACAGUAAAGAAGAAUGUUCCAGACAAGAAAACAAACAGGUCCCACAUUCCGGGCAGGACACGCAAGCAGAAAACAGUGGCGACAGCGGUCCUCCAUUCAAGGAGGUGGGACAAGCGGCUGAGAAGCACAAGAACAAACCUGCUGCUGGGGACCAUGUUGAAGAAGCGUCUGUGCAGAAUAAACCUACGGAUGAUGACAGCGAAGACGACGACUCCGUGGCCCUCGUCACGUUUGCCGAACAGACCAGAGACUCUUACGCAUUUUUGACGCACCAAGACGAAGUUCCUUCAGAUCAUCUCAUCCCGUCAAUUCAAGACCUCGAAGAGACCCUCAUUCGCAUCUACAUAAACCACGGAAUUGAUAGUGCUUUGGAACGGCGGCUUUGUUCUCUUUUCCUAACUUUGGAUGUGCUCGAAAGGAAAGACUACCAGCCCAUGUCAGUCACCUUGGCCCGUUACGAGCAGGCAUCUGCCGGCGAUGAUGACCAGUGCUACGGCUACCUCAGAUGGCUUCUCGACUCCUCGAACAGCUCAGAGAUGCAAGCGCUCGAAUACCUUCAACACUACCCGAAUAAAAAGUCACCUGCGGAAAUUUUUGAUCCAGAUGGAGAUCUGUCAUUCUCAAUAUGCCAUGGAACCCCUCCCACCAAGGGAUCGAAUUAUUGCACCGCUCUGGAUCGAUUCAUCAGUUCGCUGGUCUCCAAAGCACAGGUAGCCAUAAUCGAUGUUCGCCGUCGCUUGCUUAGAGGCGAGAAACCAAAACUCUUCGCGAGGACGGAAUUUCCAAGCUGGAAGCGGAAACUAUUAAAGGCAAUGCAGAAAAUAUGGUGCAUUUUAAGCCUUCUAGAUGUAUAUCGAAAACGCGCCCCGCCUGACAAAGACGCAGAGAUGGAGAAGACCAAGCACUGUCCGUGCAGAAUGCUACCAGACGACCUUGACCCUAAAAUGCUGCGCGCAGUUGUGGAGCUGCUUGGCACGCAGAAGUUUCAAGAACUCUUUCCAAACCAGCCAAUUCGCGACGCUACGAUUCACAAACUUUCUGAAGAGCAAACCGUUCGACAUGCAUCUGCCAAAGCACGGACAGGCAUUCGUCUACCGCUUGAUUUACGGUCCGAGGCACUGGAUAUGCUGGCAAGUCUUCUAUACCACUUCAUGGAUGUUCGGAUUUUCCGACAGAGAUGGAGACGGAGAUUCAAGGAUAGUAGGGGGGCUGUACAUGCAGAAGACAGGAAUGACAGUAAUAAUUCCGUCGUACAUCUUACCGAGUUUGAGCAACUCGACGGGAUUCCCGUAACAAAAUCACUGGUGAGGUAG